AUGGGGAAGAUAAUUUUCUACGAGGACAGGAACUUCCUGGGUCGCUCCUACGAGUGCAGCAGCGAGUGCUCUGACCUGCAUUCCCACUUCAACCGCUGCAACUCCAUCAGAGUGGACAGCGGCGACUGGAUGGUCUACGAGAGACCCAACUACAUGGGCUACCAGUACUUCUUGAGGAAGGGCGACUACCCCGACUACCAGCGCUGGAUGGGAUUCAACGACUGCGUGCGAUCCUGCCGCAUGAUCCCCACACAACAAAGCUCCCACAAAAUGAAGAUCUACCAGCAGCCAGAGUUCGGAGGCCAGAUGAUGGAGCUGACCGACGACUGCCCGUCCCUGUACGAACGCUUCCACUCCAGCGACAUCUACUCCUGCAACGUGACGGACGGAUACUGGAUCUUCUAUGAGCAUCCUCACUUCAGGGGGCGUCAGUACCUGAUGCGUCCUGGUGAAUACAGGAGGUUUAACGAGUGGGGGAGCAUGAGUCCAAGGGUGGGGUCCAUCAAACGCAUCACUAUGUGA